AUGCCGGAAUUCCAUCACGAAGAAUUGAAAGCUACGUUCGUCGGCGUGGAUACCAAUUCUUGUUCGCAGUACCGUGGAGUCCAAUAUGGAACCAUCAGUAAGAGAUUCGAACAACCAACAUUGAAGGCCAAUUGGGAAGGAGAAAGAGUGGACUGUCGACGAUGGGGACCAAGGUGUCCUCAGAACAAAUACGAUACUGGUCACCUUCUCCGAGCUCCCGAAGGCGACAUCUUCUACGACGAGACCGAGGACGAGUUUCGAUGUUUGAAUCUGGAUAUCACUGUUCCUGCAAACACACCAAAUAGUGAACGACUGCCUGUUAUGGUCUGGGUCCAUGGCGGCUCUCAAAUCGUCAGUUUCGGAAACGGCGCGAGCAAAGCUGGAGAUACGACUAGGAUUGUGGCAGAGUCAGCACUCCACUCGAAGCCUAUGAUUGUGGUAUCUGUACAAUACAGGUUGAACAUGUUUCAUGUUGGAGAUGGCAACGGCAACAAGAACCUCGGCUUCAAGGACCAGCAAUUGGCCAUUCAAUGGAUUCACCAAUACAUUACUGGGUUUGGUGGCAACCCAGACGAGAUGACGCUUGCCGGAGAGAGUGCGGGAGCUGUUUUCGUACAUGGAUUGAUCGUAAGUGGAGCUCCUGUCAAGCGUGGUAUUCUCAUGUCUGGAUCUUUGCACAUGUCGUCACCACAGCCAGAGGUCAGAGCAAAGUCUAUGCUUGUUGAUCCAGUCCUCGCGAAUUUGAAAGGCAAAGGAUACAUGUCUUUUGAGGAAGCCCCAGUACAAGCACUACUAGAAGCACAGGCCGAGAUACCGAUACCGUCUGUGUUUCUCCAGGACGAUGAGUGCUUUGAAGACUGGCAAAACAACACGGGCAACAUCCAAGAGCUAGUGAUCGGAGACUGCGAGUUUGAGUCAGUCCUCUGGCGCAACGGGGUCGAAGCAAUGUCAGCAGAACAGAUCAUAGAAUGUUUCGACAAAGCCGGACCUUCUAGCAAUCAGCUGAAGGAAUUAUAUCAUAUCAACAAGUCGCGAGCACCACAGUGCAGACACGGUGCAAUGGACUUCAUGAACGACAUGCGUUUUGCAUCCCCAAUACCGCUGAUGAUGGAGAAGUACAGAAACAAAGGAAAGACGGUAUACAGGUACUUGUUCGACCAGGCGAAUCCGUGGCAGGCUUCGUCCCGAGCUCACCAUGCGGUUGACUUGAUCUACCUCUUCGGCGGGUUCGACAUGACGAUGAACCCAUCGGCAGAAGAGCUUGGCAAGGGGAUGAGGAGACGGUUCAUCUGGUACAUUAAUGGAGACACACCAUGGACGAUACACAAGACCAUGGCGUUUGGACCGUUGGGAGACACCAGAGAGAUUGAUGAUAGAGGGGUUGCAGCUCGCAGACGCACACGACAGAUGGAGGAGGUGAAGAAACUAGAGGCUAGUGACAUGGCUGCGGUUUUUGGAAGCCUUGCGGCUGGAAGAAUCAGCCUGCACAACUAG